AUGUCUCGAGGUUUGUCUUAUUCUCGAUAUCCGCGAUAUCGAGGUACUCAGUCCAUCGUUGUAGACCCAAUCGUCGCACUCAACAACUACUUGCAAUCCAUCGGCCAGCCCACCGCCCUUAGCUGGAAAGACUCCAAGAGUGGCUCUCCUCAUUCUCCAGUGUGGAGCUCUGUCUGCAAAAUAUACGGCCGCGAGUAUGGGACAGGCACCGGUGCCCAGAAACAUAUCGCACGAGGCGACGCAGCAGCGCAGACCCUGGAGGCGCUCAGAAAUGAAGCCGGAGGUGGAUAG